AUGGCCUCACCACGGUCGCCUGCAGCUUCAGCCAGCAGCGCCGGCUCGAGGCAUUCAUUUGAGCAGGACCGCAACCGCUCGCAGACGCUCGAGGGUCUUGUGAGCCACUUUGUUGCUGCAAAGCGGUCCCUCAACUCGCAAACAGUGCUCUGGCGCGCCAACGAAAUUGUGACGACAGCACGCGAGCUGCUCGAGGAGAACGCGAUCCUUGCCGCUAAGAAUGCGUCGAUUCGAAACAUUGUGGAUCAGCAGGUAGACACACUAGAGGCUGUUCGCCGUGGUGUAGACGUAGUAGAGGCUGAGGUCCAGGCCGAGUUCAAGCAACUGCUGCACGACGUCGACACGUCCUUCGCAGGCCUCAACUCGACGCUCGCUGUGCUGCGCGAGACUCCCAUCGAGGCAGCUCUCCAGCCACCAGGCACUUCGCAGAAGCACCUCUACGACUUCAUCGACAGCACUACCGUCUCCAACCUCGAAGGCACCUUGCGCGACUGCAUAGACCGCUACAACGAGGCUUCAGCCACGCUUGGCGAGAGCAACGAUGCGUUCGACACUUCGCUCGACAAUCUACACUCCUCGAUCGAGAACGUACCCUUGGCACCUGCGACCACCUCGAAUCCGAGCCCCAUACCGAGCCUAUACCGCCAUCUCGAAGGGCACGCGAAAGAGGCAGCACAGGCGUUCCAGGGCCUGGUGCAACACUAUGAUCUGUGUGUCACGGCCCUGCGGCAUACAGAAGGAGGCUCAGCAGCUGCGACCCAGGCUACGGGCGAUGCACCCUCGCAAUCUGGGGAUGAGUUUGCUGCGCCUCCAGAGCCCAUCAGCGAGGAAGAGCGACAGGAAAUGUUGAAUGUGCUGCAGAAGGAUGCACAUGAAGUCGAGGAGGUUGUGGCGGAGAUACGAGAGAGAGGCUCGGAAAUGACCUUCCUGUUGAUCCAGAUCGAGAACCAUAUCAACCACCUCCGCAACGAAGCUUCGGCACUUUCAAGCAUCCUGCAGAUGAUCACACAGAUCACAGCUGAGGUGAAGUCUCACAUCCAGACUUCGCGCACAUUUCAUGGGUCAUGGCUGGAUGACACAAGGCCUACACUCCUCAAUGGCAUCGAGGAGUGGGAACAACAGCGACAGUUCUACGAACGUUUCGAUCUCGCCUACGCUGAGCUGCUGGUCGAGGUUUCCUCGCGCAGGAGACGGCACGAGAAGGCGAAACGCAAAGCUGAAGAAGCUCAAAAGGAGCUGGAUAGGCUUUUCACCGAGGACGAGCGGGCAAGAAAACAGUUUGCGCUCGCCCAAGGCAACUAUUUGCCCCUCGACAUCUGGCCGGGACUCAGAGAUGCACCAAGACAGUACGAGGUCAGAGCUGUCGCUGCAGAUAUACAGGACGAGGAGGAUCCACCAGAAAGAAUAGCCGCAAAAGGUCACAUUGCCCAGAGCAUACCUCAACUCGGGAGGAACGUUGUCGAACGCGCGUUGACGCGAGUGAAGAGGCGGAUGUAG